CGAGAGGAUAAAGGAGGGACGCUUUGCUGCAUUCACGCUGAAGAUAACACGCUGAGGAGGUCUGAGCUGGCAGGCUGCAGGAAACCACUGCAGAGGCACAGCAGCACCGGGGAGCUGAGGCUUUGCUGUGAGAGGUAACAUGCGCUCCCGCAGCAACAGUCUAGAGGACGUAGCAAAGGUCAAACAGGCACAGCAGCAUAACAUGGACACACGGAAGCGAUCUUCAGAGCGAGAUGAGCCCUCUGGAAGAGCAGAACGUCGCAGUCGACGCCGAGAGCCACCGGAUGACACUGCCACCAUUGAGUGGAAUCACAAAAUAGCUAAAAACAGCAGCAGCGCUGGUGGAAGAACCAACAGCAGCAGUGCUGCGAAGGGCAGUCGACGGGAGAAGGGCAGGGACCUUUCCAGGGAUGACCUGGUCUUUCUCCUGAGCUUGCUGGAAGGAGAGCUACAGGCCAGGGAUGAGGUGAUCACAGUACUGAAGGCAGAGAAAAUUGACUUAGCGCUGUUGGAAGCCAAAUAUGGGUUUGUCACACCCCAGAAAGUCCUACAGGCCCUGCAGAGAGACGCCAUCCAGGGAAAGUCUGAUGUCUUCCAGGAAGACAUCUACGAGAAACCGAUGGUAGAGCUGGAUAAGUUAGUGGAGAAGCAGAGGGGGACCCAUCGGCGGAUGCUGGAGCAGUUGCUGAUGGUGGAGCAGGCACACAAGCAGGCUCUGUAUAAGCUGGAGGAUGAGAAGAGGAACCACGGAGAGUUCAUGAGGAAGAGCGAUGAGUUCACCAACCUGCUGGAGCAGGAGCGUGAGAGGUUAAAGCUGUUAAUUGAUCAGGAAAAGGCCUAUCAAGAAAGAAAAGACCAAGAAAACAACAAAAAGAUAGCAAGUCUAAAGGAAGAGCUGACAAAACUCAAGUCUUUUGCGUUGAUGGUUGUGGAUGAACAGCAGCGUCUAACUGAACAGCUAAAUCAGAAAACAGUCAAGGUCCAAGAUCUCAACGCUGGAUUUUCUCAAGCUCAGGAAGAGCUGAGCUUGGCUAAUGCUCGUCUGCAGGAAGAGAAGCAAAAGAUAAUUCACUUAGAGGCUCAGUUGCGUGACCAAACCAGUCGACACCAUCAAGAACAGGAAGCCAUGACUGCCAAACUGACCAGCGAGGAUGCUCAAAACAGGCAUCUACGCCAGAAGCUGUCGGCACUUAGCCGGCAACUGGAUGAGCUGGGGGAGACCAACAAGACCCUGAGAAGGGCUGAGGAGGAGCUGCAGGAGCUGAGGGACAAAAUUAGCCGAGGUGAGUGUGGAAACUCGAGCCUCAUGUCGGAGCUUGAAGAGUUACGAAAACGAGUUCUUGAGAUGGAGGGGAAGGAUGAGGAGUUGAUCAGAAUGGAGGACCAGUGUAGAGACCUCAACAAGAAACUGGAGAAAGAGACCAAACAGAGCCAGUGCUUGAAAGCUGAAGUUGAUCAACUGAACCACAGAAUUACAGACUUAGAAAAACUGGAAGAUGCCUUUAGUAAAAGCAAACAAGAAUGCAUCUUACUCAAAAGUAACUUGGAAAAGGAGAGGACUGUGUCAAAGGUUCUGAGCAGUGAACUGGAAGUCUUGAAAGUCAGAGUCAAAGAAUUAGAGGCUGCUGAAGGCAUGCUGGUCAAGACCGAGCAGAUGCUGAAGGAAGAACUGACCAAGUUAAAGACUCUGACGGUUAUGCUGGUAGAUGAGAGAAAAGCAAUGGCAGAGAAGCUGAAGCAAAUGGAAAACAGGGUGCAAAACAGCACAGGCAAGCUCCAGGCUGAGCAAGACAAAGUUACAUCCGUCACAGAGAAGCUGAUAGAAGAGAGCAAGAAGACAUUAAGGUCAAAGGCAGAGCUAGAGGAGAAAAUGUGCAUUGCAACAAAGGAAAGGGAUGACUUGAAGGCCAAGCUAAGAGCUGAGGAAGAGAGGAAUAAAGAUUUGGAGUCUAAGAUCACUAUGAUGAAGAAACGAUUGCAGUCACUUGAGACAGUUGAGAGGGAAUAUCUGAGAAGCAAAGCGAAAGAGGAGCAACUCAAAACACCUCUUGCUAAUCGCUUCCAGCAAGAAGACAACAAAAUCAAAGAUUUGACACAGGAGGUUGAACGCCUUAGAUGUAAAUUAAAGGACAUGAAACUGGUAGAGGGUGACUCAUUAAAAACACCAGAGUAUGAAACACUGGAGAAAAGGUUUGCCAAUGAACAAGAAAGAGCCAGAGCCCUGAUGGAGGAGCUGGAAGUAUCCAGAAAAGAGCUUUCAAUGUACCAACUGGCUGAAAAGAAAGAGUGUAACCAAGAGCAUGUCCUUUAUAAACGCUUGAAGGAAGAGGAGGCAAAAUCUAGCCAUCUGUCCAGAGAGGUAGCAGCUUUAAAAGAGAAGAUUCAUGAAUACAUGGGAACAGAGGAGUCCAUUUGCAGCAUAAAAACUGACCACACUACUCUGCAGAGAAAACUGACCCAGCAAGAGGUGAGAAACAAAGAACUGGCCCGAGAAAUGGAAACUCUAACUCGAGAGCUGGAGAGAUACAGACGCUUCAGCAAAAGCCUUCGCCCAGGCAUGAACGGAAGGCGAUUUUCAGACCUGCAUGUGUCUACCAAGGAGGUUCAGACGGAACCGCCUGACCUCAUGUCUCCUAACAGCAAGAACAUGGUACCCCUGGAACGAGCGGUAGUCAAUGGGAAGCUCUAUGAUGAAAGCGUGGCUGAUGAUGGCACAAAUUACAGCAACGAACUACAACUCACCAAAUAUAGCCCUUCACUUAUCAACAAUGUCAACAAUCUAAACAACAACCUUAGACGAUCAAGAGGCCCAUUCCUGAAAACCAAAGAUUCUGCCCAUCAGGUUAAUGGCAAAAUGCAACCACGGCAUAACAGCAACCACGUCCAGCCUGGAGAUGUGGUUUUGACCCACAGUCCUGGCCAGCCACUGCAUAUAAAAGUGACUCCUGACCACGGACACAACACGGCAACACUAGAGAUCACCAGUCCGAGCACAGAAAACCCUCAGUCAUUCACCAGCACUGCUGUCAUACCAACAAGUGGAGGUCCCCCCAAGCAGAGAAUUACGAUCAUUCAGAAUGCUUCCAUUUCCCCUACCACAAAAUCCAUUUCUCCAACAACUAAAUCCAAGUGUUCCUCCCUCUCAGAUGAACCGUGCUCCCCAGAUAGAGCCCAAUCGCCUUUCACUAUGACUGCUUACUCCAGAGCAAUGACCCCAGAGUCAUGUGGUUCUGUAACACCAGAGCGAGCCAUGUCACCGAUACAAAUCGUAUCUGUGACAACAGGCUCGCAGGAUCGCUCCCUUUCCACAGAGCCCGUGGAGGUUGUAGGCGGACACGCCGUCUUCCGUGUCACUCCAGAGAGGCAAAGCAUCUGGCAGGUGCAGAGGUCCAACAGCUCGGGCCCAAAUGUCAUCACCACAGAGGAUAAUAAAAUCCACAUUCACCUAGGAAGCCCGUUCAUUCAGAGCAUCAGCACCCCUUCACAAGUGCCUGGACUCCAGGAGCAAAGGACUCAGGUUAUUGCAAACUGCAGCACUCCCGUUACCAAAGGCAGUGGUAAAAUCACAAGUAGCAUCAUGAUUAAGCCCACGUCUACCCCAAACCAAAGGCCAUCACAAAUUACAAUACCUCUAGAAGCAUUCCGACGUCCAGGACCGACAAGAAUCCCUAAACCAAAGGGAUUCAGCUCCCAAAAAGGCACAAACAACCCUGCAACACACCCAGGGCAACCGCUGCUGGCUCCUGAAACAGGAAGAGAGCCGGCCUCACACACGCCUACAUCACAUUCUAAAAACAACCCGAAUCUAGUGAACCGGAGACAGUGACAUCAUUGCUUUUAUUCCUCAAUGAUUCACUUAGAACAGACAGAAUAUAUAUUGUGCUGAGUUAAAUGAGUCGCUCCAUGUUCCAUUUCAUAAAAUCCUAAUCAGUGGUGCUCUAAAAGUGACUACAUGCAGCUGCUUAUUGUGUCUGUAUUCUAUUCUGUGUGCACAUGUUGGAGAAUGUUUCAUUUAAUAACCAACUAACUAUUGAGAAUGAAUUACAUGCUGCAAAAGAUUUAUUUAAGUGAGGAUGUCCCUGUGAACAGCAAUGAAAUGAAAAUAUUAGAUCAAAGCGUGUUAUAUAUGUAUGUGUUAAAUAAAAACUGUAUGUAUGUUUUUACCAUGAGUAUUUGUAUUGGUCUCUGUUGUGAUAUGCAGAUAAUGAAGACGCGUGUAUCCAUUUCUGGAGAUGGGACACAGGAAUAUUUGAAAAACAGUGGCAAUAAUGUAUAGAAAUAAUGAGCUGUAAUGCAGCUCCUUCAUUAAAAUAUGACGUGUGUUAUUUUUCAUUUCAAUAAAAACCUUUUAUACUUU